GCAAGCUCAGUAGAGUUUUCUAAAGUGCUUUUGCUUCUCUCUUAAUCUCAUCAUGAGCUUCAGCUCUUCUAGGGUGGGCAGUAAUAUUUCCUCUAGAUUAUCUACUGGUGUCUAUGGAGUCCCAUCAGGUCUCCAAGGUGGUUAUGGUGGGUCAGGGAUUUCCAAAAGCACAGUUAGGUUGACCUCUUCAGCCUUAGGAUCUGGAUUUGGAGACACAACAUCCUUUGGUGGCACUGGAGCUUCCAGCUUCAGCACAACCUUUGCUUCCACCAAUGCAGAUGGCUUGCUGUCUGGGAAUGAAAAGUCCACCAUGCAGAAUUUGAAUGAUCGCUUAUCCAAUUACUUAGACAAGGUCAGAUGCCUUGAAGAAUCCAAUGCUGACCUUGAGAAGAAGAUCUUUGGGUGGCAUGAGAAGCAGGGGUCAGUUACUGUGCAUGAGCAGAAUUACUCACCAUACUAUUCAACAAUUGAUGAGCUACGUCAGAAGAUCCAUGAGGCAUUUAUUGACAAAAAUCGCAUCUUUCUUGAGGCUGAUAAUGCAAGACUGGCAGCUGAAGACUUUAAACUCAAGUAUGAGAAUGAACAUUUAAUGCGCUUGAGCGUAGAAGGGGAUAUUAAUGGCCUGCGCAAGCACUUGGAUGAGAUGACCCUUUCUAGGACUGAUCUGGAAUUACAGAUUGAGAACCUUAAAGAAGAGCUUACAUAUAUGAAGAAAAACCAUGAAGAGGAAAUGAGCACGAUGGGUCAACAGAUGACAGGAAGUGUAAAUGUGGAAAUGGAUGCAGCGCCAGCAAAUGACCUGAUUAAGGUUCUGGGUGACAUGAGGGAGCAUUAUGAGUAUUUAGUUGCUAAAAACCAACGGGAUUUAGAAGUUUGGUAUUUGUCUCAGAGCGAAGCUUUGCAGAAGGAAGUGGUGUCCGGCACAGAACAGGUUCAGACCACUAAUACAGAAAUCACAGAUUUACGGCGUAGUGUUCAGGGACUGGAGGCUGAACUGCAGUCCCAGUAUACUAAGAAAGCUGCACUAGAAGCGGCUGUUGGAGACACCGAGGGACGCUACGCUACUCAGCUCAGCCAUAUCCAGUCCAUAAUUGGUGGCAUUGAGGCUCAGCUGUACGAUCUCCGAUAUGAACUGGAACAUCAGAAUCAAGAGCAUAAAUCUCUUUUAGCCAUUAAAUCUCAUCUGGAAGCAGAGAUUUCAACUUAUCACAAGCUGCUUGAGGGCCAGCAAUUCAGCAUUGGUGACUCAAAAAAGGGUGGUGUUGGUGAUGCCAGUAGCACCACAACCACUACCAAAAUCACCACCGUUGUGAAAGAAGAAGUGUCUUCGGGUCAAAAACAGAACUGAAUUGUACCUUGGCAUCAUUCUAUAAGAAAUCAGCUGAAAGUAUGAUGGGGGCUGUGACUAUGGAAUGACUAAAUACUGAUAAAUUUAAAAUGAAAUAUGCAUGAAAAUAAAUGACUCAAAGUUUGUUUUCUUGGCUAAACAAGAAUGUAAACAUAUCUGCAGAGACUUGCUCUUAAACAAAAUGCAUGAAAAAUGCUCUACGUGCAAUAAACAUUUCCAAGCAAA